AUGCAGGGCAUUCGACAUGCCUGUCGGCGAGCUGGAAGUGUCGCACAAGUUGUACUCGGUAAACAACGAAAUACAUUUGCUAAUCCAAGAUGGGCAAGACUAACUUAUCAACCAACAGCUAAUUUUCACAUUGUUGGUAAACGAAAUGCCGCCGCACAAGCAGCACAACAAAAACCAACAACAAGUAAACAAUCGCAAUCUGGUCAACAAGCAGCUAAAGGUGCCAAAGGUCGUGUAGUAUCUGUCAUUGGUGCCGUUGUUGAUGUGCAAUUUGAUGAACAAUUACCACCCAUUCUUAAUGCACUUCAAGUUGAUGGUCGUCAACCAAAAUUAAUUCU